CCGGCAUUCCAUGCGAGCUGCCUGCCUGCCGCGUGGGGAGGAGUGUGAUGGCAGGCAUUUCCUUUUUUUUCUCUUCUUUCAAUCGGCCGAGGACCAACCAAGCUGACGUUUACGCCCUCGACGAUCCUUCCGAUCUGACGGUCCUCGUCCCUUUAGGAGCUUAGCGGGUGGCCACAUGAUAAUUGACGUAGCCCAGGAUCUAUGCCUUUACCAUGGUCCAUAUAUCGGACCCUCGGUACAUACGUACGUGGGUAGGUAUUUAAGGGUCGAGUCACACUUCUGGAUUUGUGGGAUUUAUAUGUCUCGUAUCCUUUUAAAGAAUACGACCCUGCCACAUUAGCAGCUUAGGAACUGUUACUCUUAGGCAGCAAACUAGAGUUGGAAGAAAAUAUUUGUUGUCAAAAUGGGCAUCGUUGUAGACCCCGAAUACGCGCAGAUCCUGGCGAAGUCGGCCGGACAAUCCGGCGACAAGAUCACCGAUAUCCUCGCCAUCCGCGACUGGUCCAACGCGCUCAUCGACGCCGCUUCGAAGGCCGUGCCAUACCCCGAAGGCAUGCAGGAGACCGUCCAUUCUACCACUACAUCCGACGGCUUUCUCCUACAAAUAACUCGGUUUCUACCCCUCUCUGUUAGACAAGAAUAUGAGGAUGUGGAAGUAGAACACGAGAGUAAAGAGAGCACGGGGAGUAAGGGGAAAAGAGCCGUAAUAUUCGUCUUCGGAGGCGGCAUGAUAUCCGGCACCGUCAGCGUCUCGCGGGGCUUCAUCGCCGCCGUGGCGAAUAACAGCCACACGCAAGUCUUCGCACCGGACUACCGCAUCGCGCCCGAACACCCCUACCACGCCGGCGUCGACGACGUCUACGCCACCAUCCUCUGGCUGCAAAGCCACGCGCAAGAGCUCGGCGUCGAUCCCGCGCGCAUCGUUAUCAUGGGCCAAAGCGCCGGUGGCGGCGUCGCGGCGGGAGUCGCGCUGAUGGCGAGGGAUAGAGGGUUGGACCCGCCGCUUGCCGGGCAGUGUCUUAGGUACCCGAUGUUGGAUGAUAGGACGUGGUACCCUGAGAGCGAUCUGAGGAAUAAGUAUUGGACUUGGAGUGUUGCGGCGAAUGAUAUGGGGUGGACGUAUUAUCUUGGGGGGUUGAAGAAAGAGGAUAGGAACGAGGAGAACACACCGUGUUAUGCGGUCCCUGCGAGGGCUGUGGAUCUUCGCGGAUUGCCGCCGACGCAGAUUGGCGUUGGUAGUUUGGACUUGUUCAAGGACGAGAAUCUGGAUUAUGCGGCGCGGCUGGUGAAGGCGGAUGUGGGUGUCGAGUUUCAUUUGUACCCUGGUAUGCCGCAUGGCUUUGAUGGACCACAUGGGUUUACUGGAAAGCCUGCGAUGAGGUUUACGAAUGAGAUGUGGGAAGAUGAGGCGAGGUGGAUUAUGAAGUUAUGAUGCUAGAGAAUUUGUUUAGAGAUGCGUCGUGUAUUUGCUUAUUGUUGCUUAAGAUCGGAUUGGCUCGAUGCCUUGGUAGGUUGGGAUAUAGCUUGGGUGUAUUCGAGGUCGUUGGAAUGAUCUUAUAAUAUACCCAUCUUCUGUCAUUUGCGCUUGGAUUGCUUGUUUUGUGGGAUUAAGGACACUGCUUGUUGGGAUUGUUAGUAUGCUAGAUCUCUAGAAUAGAAUCAAUGUAACGCACCUGUAUUGUUUACGAA